UAUAUGUUUUGUUUUUAGGUCAACCUGUUGUGUCCUGCAAUGACUUGGGGAGGAUUAUCUAUUGGCUACCAAAGCUUAUUAGGCUCUCCCUCAAAUAGAUAAUAUCUGGAUUUAAUUUAUUAAUGGCCUUAUGUCUCAAAAUAGCUUAGACCUAAAUAAGUACUACGGUAAUGCCUUACUGGGAUUAGCACCAUCAGUUUCUAAGCAGAGCUGAUCAGUGAUAGAUUCCUUCGAUGUGGACCAUGUGAAAAUGACUAAAAUCUGUCUGUCUUGACAUGGCGUAAAAAGAAAAUGAUAUAAAUAAAUAAAAAAUAGAUUAUAACACUUUUGAAACACCAUACUUUUCACAAAAUUUUAAGAUUAUAACACUUUUAAAACACCAUACUUCUCGUGUGUUCGAUAAGUUCUUAAUAUGUUCGAUAAGAUAAAGGUAAAACAGUGUUUGAUAAUUUAAGCUUUUGAAAUCAUCGACCUGACCCACUUUAACAUCAAAUAUAAGUUUAACUAUGAGUAGUAAUAGAAUAAAACAUGUCUACUUUUUAAGAAAAAUGGAUGAGGAGUUCACAGAUACAAUCAGUUUUUUCUAGGACUAAUUUUUACGGAGAUACACAAAUUCAAACAUACAAAAUGUCGGCGAAUGAGCUUAACUUGUUCGAUAAACUAAUGUAUAGUGUUGAAAAGCUAGAUCGUCUUUUUAAUUGGAGAUUGAGCCUCUAAAAGAAAUGUCAGCAUCAUAUUCGGAAUCAUCAUUGAGCUAUGACUCUGAAUCUAAAAUACAACAAAACUGGAUCUUUCUUCUAGAUGAAUUAGAUGAAGCUGAUAUUGUGGACCAUUUGUUUGAAGCCAGGGAGAUAACUAGGGAUCAGAUUGAUGAGAUAGAGUCCAAGCCAACCAAAAGAAAAAAGACUGAAGCCUUGCUAAAAUUUAUUUUACAGAAAAAGAAGCAAAAACUGUAUGAUGUAUUUGUUGAGACCCUCAAAAUUGACUAUAUUCAUGUUGUAGAUAAACUAAAUGCAACUAAAGUAAUACCUGCUGAACCAAAAGUAGCACCUUAUGACUGGUUUAAAGACAUACCUGUUAGUAAAAAACAACUUGCUUUACGAGAAAGUGAUGCUAGCAGAUUCUCUAAUUGUUUUGGUUCUGGAUGGGAAGCCAUCAUGUACAGUCUGGGCAUUAAAAAAACUGAGCUGGAACUAGAGCUUGAAAAUGUUGGUCACAGAAAUAAACAGACAAUAACAAAUCUGAUCAUUAGAUGGAAACAGAGAAAUGGGAAAAGUGCAACUCUUGAAAAAUUUAUGAACACUGUGAUCAAUAUGUGAGCGUGAUAAAACAUAGCCAAGGCCUUUUCGCUAACAUUAAACGAGGACAGUUUUCUUAGUAGUCGUAAUCUUUGCUGCCCUUUUUUGCUGAUAUAAUCAGUAUUUGCAGUAAAAUUUAGUUUAUUGUCUAGGAUAGUACCAAGGUAUUUAAAGGUUUGCACAAUUUCAAUAGUCUCUCCAGCUACAGAAACAAUAUCAUUUUCCUUCUUGUCCCUGCGAAAAUCGAUUAUCAUUUCUUUGGGUUUUUUUUA